AUGUCAUCUUUCACCCUGGAGCGAUCUGUUGUGUCACGAGAAAGCACGGCGUCCGGAUCCAGAGGCGCUCGCACAAUGUCUCACCGCUCUGCUCCAAGGUCCAUAGUGAGCUCUGCUAAGUCCGACACCGACACAAAGUCCGUGGUUUCAGCUCAGGCCAAAAAAGAAGAGUGAACCAAACCCCUUCAAGAUCUCCCCAGAUGCCGACUUCUUCCUCAUCCGGGACCAGGAGCGGGAGAAGAAGGAAAUGGAAAAGGAAAAGAGCAAAAAUUUGAAAGUCCACCAAAAGGGUACGUACACCACGAUGAUGAACGCCAAGAUGGCCAGACUACGUAAGGAGAUUGAAGCGGAGGAGAUGGAAGAAGCUGCAGAGGACGGGGAGAAGGCUGUGGCUGUACUGAACAAUUCUUCCUGGAAACUGGCGGUGACCAGAGACAAACAAGUCCCAAGAGAAAGUGUCCAUGAUUUCAUUGAUAAGAAGAAGGAAAUGUUCCUCCUGCAGUACUCCCUGACCGUGAAACGUGAUGAGAUCCAGAAGCUGGAGGCCAUGGCCGCUGCCGAGGAGAUGAAGCUGGAAAAGGCUGAGCAAUUCUUGGAGGAAGAUGCCGUGAGAUUUGAUGAGUUUUUGAAACAAAAUGACAGGAACUCAGUGGAGGCCUUAAAACAAGCCGAUAAGGAGACCAAACUAAAGAUGGAGCAAGUUGCACAAAUCAAGAGUCACACAGCCCAAAUGAUGAACAUCAAGAGUGACAUUUCAAAAAGUGAGGAGAUCCUAAAAGAGUAUCUGAUGUACAAAGAAUUCCUCUUCCGCCUUUCUCCCAAGGAGUGGAAGGAGGACAUAUUGAAGAAGAAGAAAGAGAAGAAGAAACCUCUCCUUCCUGCCACCAAAGAGAAAGAAAAACAGGACUCUGAGACCAAAGUAUCCACCUCCCCCAUCUCAGGCAAGAAAACAGAAAGAAAUUCUUCAAGCAAGAUCAGCCAUAGUCGUGAUUCCAGCCGUGAUCCCCGACUGUCAUCUAGGCAGAGCCUGAAAACAGCGGGGUCCAAGAAAAACUGAGUAGUGCAACGUAUCAGGCAGAAGAUAAAAGCAUCUCAGAAAGCCUGAUAUCCUCUGACAGUGAAGAGGAACCCGAGCUGUACUUCCACGACCCCCAGCAGCUCCUGGACAUCUUCUCCGAACUGGAGGAACAGAAUCUUUCUUUAAUCCAGAACUCACAAGAGACAGAGGAAGCUUUGGAGGAAAUCAAACAUACAAUUGCCACCACUGAGGAGAAGAUGGAAAAUGAGACACAACAGCUAAAGGAUCAGAUUGCACAAUUGAAGGCUUCCAUUGCUCAGGAGGAGGAGAGGGCCGCGGACCUUGAGCUCAAGUCCCGGGUGUUUGCCUUCGGACAGUACAAAUCUGAGGAUCAGGACAAGAUGCUGACAUCUCUGAGCUCCAAGGUGGAAGAAGUUUACAGAGCUUGUAUUGGGGAGAACCGUGCUAAUCUCAAUGCUCUGCAAAUGUUAAUGGUGAUCGAACACCAACUGGAAGAACUGCUGGACAACAUUGAGGUCAUCCCUAAAGAGAGGAUAGAGAUUGCUGAGAAGGCCAAAGAGAAGGAACGAAGGCUGAGACUUAGAGAGGAGAAGAUUAAACAGCAGAAGCUGCACCAGGAGGAGAGGCUGCGUCGGGCCCUGGAGAGAGCACAAGCCGACCCUAAGAAAACAACUGGCAGAAGACUCAUGACGCGCUCUGAUCCACCUGCGCUGAAGCUCAGAACAGACAAGGACCAGGACAAAAUUGACAAAGAGAAGGAGGAAGCCCUGUUGUUCUUCACCUAA